UCAUCUCAUUGGUCGGUUUUCAACGAGGAAAUGUGGCUCCAUUUUUCUGUGAACCUGUCAAACGGACCGGGAUCUAAUAUUUAAUCACCGCUGGAGGACGGCUUUCAUCUUUUGCAUAUCACGAGGUGGUGUUUGGUGCUUUUCGUAAAUAGGAGCUGCGAGUUCUUGCUGAGAACAACAGAGCAAUGAUGCUCAUCUGAAGAUAUCUUGAUCACAUGGGCUCCUAUCCUGUGCUGACCCAAUGGUUUAAUCACCAGGAGUAAAAAUGAGCAUAAGCAGUGAUGAGGUCAAUUUCCUUGUUUACAGAUACCUGCAAGAGUCAGGCUUCUCCCACUCAGCGUUCACCUUUGGCAUAGAGAGCCACAUCAGCCAGUCCAACAUCAAUGGAGCCCUGGUGCCCCCUGCUGCCCUCAUCUCCAUCAUCCAGAAGGGUCUGCAGUAUGUGGAGGCUGAAGUCAGCAUCAAUGAGGACGGGACCUUAUUUGACGGGCGGCCCAUCGAGUCGCUGUCUCUGAUCGACGCCGUGAUGCCAGAUGUGGUCCAGACCAGGCAGCAGGCCUACAGGGACAAGCUGGCCCAGCAGCAGCAGCAGCAGGCGGCAGCAGGCAGCGGCAGUGGCACAGGGCCCCAGGGAAACACCAAGAAUGGAGAGGGCGCCGCCAACGGGGAGGAAAACGGAUCCCACGCUUUAGCCAAUCACCACUCAGAGAUGAUGGAAGUGGACCGGGACGUGGAGAUCCCCCAAAGCAAAGCCGUGGUCCUGAGGGGGCAUGAAUCCGAAGUUUUUAUCUGUGCCUGGAACCCAGUGAACGACCUCCUCGCCUCCGGGUCCGGGGACUCGACAGCACGGAUCUGGAACCUGAGCGAGAACAGCACAGGCGGAUCCACCCAGCUGGUUCUGAGGCACUGCAUACGGGAAGGGGGCCAGGACGUACCCAGCAACAAAGACGUCACCUCACUAGACUGGAAUAGUGAGGGUACGUUGCUAGCGACAGGCUCGUAUGAUGGCUUUGCUAGAAUAUGGACAAAAGACGGUAACCUGGCCAGUACUCUGGGCCAGCACAAAGGUCCUAUAUUUGCACUCAAGUGGAAUAAGAAAGGAAACUUCAUACUCAGUGCUGGUGUAGACAAGACCACAAUUAUCUGGGACGCUCACACGGGAGAGGCAAAGCAACAAUUUCCUUUCCACUCGGCACCUGCUCUGGAUGUAGACUGGCAGAGCAACAACACGUUUGCCUCCUGCAGCACAGACAUGUGCAUCCAUGUGUGUAAGCUGGGUCAGGACAGACCUGUCAAGACCUUCCAGGGACACACGAAUGAGGUGAACGCCAUCAAGUGGGAUCCCACUGGCAGCUUGCUGGCCUCCUGCUCUGAUGACAUGACACUGAAGAUCUGGAGUAUGAAGCAGGACUCUUGUGUCCACGACCUCCAGGCCCACAGUAAAGAAAUCUACACCAUAAAGUGGAGCCCCACAGGCCCCGGGACCAACAACCCCAGCGCCAACCUCAUGCUGGCUAGUGCAUCAUUUGACUCAACGGUGCGCCUGUGGGACGUGGAGCGCGGGGUGUGUAUCCACACACUGACCCGCCACCAGGAGCCCGUGUACAGCGUGGCCUUCAGCCCUGACGGCAGACACCUCGCCAGCGGCUCCUUCGACAAAUGUGUCCACAUCUGGAACACUCAGACUGGUGCUUUAGUCCACAGCUACCGAGGGACAGGAGGGAUCUUUGAGGUGUGCUGGAACGCCACAGGGGACAAAGUAGGAGCCAGCGCAUCAGAUGGAUCUGUUUGUGUAUUAGACCUGAGGAAAUGACACUCGUUUGGGGGAGCCAUGGACCGACUACGAAUGUGUACAUAGCCAAAAUGACUGACUGUCCCUGCCUGUCCACCACACUGCUGUAGUCCCACCUGAUGCCAUGGCCCGCCAUUACAGCCAAACAGAGCGCUCCCCCCUCCCUUCAUAUGUACACACACAUUUAAAGACCACACAUUCACCAUAUACAGUUCCUCUGUACAUGCAUCGGACAUAAAACAGGUCUAUACGGACACUUGUGUUGCUCUCACAGACCUGCAGGAAGAAAGCAUCUCUUCACUCUGUACAAACUGGUUGGAACCAUCACACAUAAACCAAAACAUCCAGGAUUCCUUCUUGCUUUCCUCUUUUUAUCCUUUGUACCAGAAUUUUACAGAUUUUUUUGUUCUCUGUUGGUGUGUGCAUAUUGCAUAUGUCAGCAUUGGUGUCCUGUGGACAUUGUUGUGUUGAAUUUCGAUUUUACCGAUCUCUGUAGGUUUUAUAUCACAUGUGGGGUGGGAGAGAUGAGAGGAGGGGGGGAGGGUUGAGAGUUGUUUGUCUUUUACAAUAGGUGUUUAAAUCUGAUCAUUGGGAGACCAUUCAUCUCUUUCUUGGCGCUCUUUAAGGCUCAAUAAUGCUGAUGUAUAGCUGAGAAGAUGAAACUGUUUGUUUUUUUCAGUCUGUUUUUAUCCAGUAAGCUUGUUCCAUUUUUGCCAUUUUUUAACAAAAUGUAAAACAGUUAAUCAAAGGGUGAGCUGUCCUUUGUUUGCAGCUUCUCAAAAAUGGUUUUCAGGUGUUCACAAUUCAUCAGGUUAAUAUAGAGCUCUAAAGAAUUCAAAACCUCAAGGCUGAGAUAUAAUCUCUUUUAGCUGUUAAACACCGUGUCAAUCUCCAUCUUUCUAACAGUGUGCUGGGCCAGAACAACAUCAGACAUCAACGCUGCAGCCUCCGUUUCCCGUCACUGAAACUGAGCUCAUCCCGGAAAUGUGUCUUAAGCUACGAAGAGACCGCCGUGCUUUUGUUUCAUUAGUGAGGCAAAAUGGCACAGCAAUAGCUCGCGUUUCUGGCGUCAGUGCAUCGUCUGGGAUCUGUGGGCAAAGAGAGAGCGAGAGAGAGAAAGGGGGAAGGUGGGUGGGUAGGUCCGGGAAAACAGGCCCAUAACCGCUUGAAUCCAUUUGACGUAAACAAUUAAUAGUCAUAAUUGUGCUUGUUUCCUCAAUCCAUGGCUCCUUGCGAACCAAUGCUGAAUGAUAAUCAGACUUAACUGUUCUAAUUGUGUCCUGUUUCCAUGAUCGGUCAUUAAACAUCAGGACAUUAUCUGGAGUUUCACUUCCUGUGCGGGAGCAGGGAUUUUUCAAUCGCACUGCGUUAAACGUGACUCGACAUUCUCUCACGUCACAUCACAUGUGAAACAGCUGAUUGACGACACUGGACGUCAUAUCACAGUUUGAGUUUAAAAUGUUCAGUCAGCUUCAAACGUCCACUUUGACUCGCCGCUGUCGGUGUGCACUUUUCUUGUCCAGUGUCGACCUCAGUACACACUACAGCCCCUGCUUUGGUUUGCUGUUGUCAGGCAGUUAUUGCCCAGCAUUAACACACACACACACACACACACACACAAACACAGAGUCUCUGGAGACAGGCUAUUUUCUGGCCUAUGCACGGAUAGACAGCGCUUUUGUUUGUAGUGUUCAGAGUUGGCGUAUUGAGGCAAGUCUGUGCUCGUUACAAAGCAGACUUGCAGCAUAUGACUUGAUGUAACAUGGUAUCUGCAUAUAGUAUAUAUGAAUAUAUCUGUGCUAUCACAGGGGAUUCUUUUGUAUGCCACUCAUAUGCUAAGGGUGGAUUUUAACGAUGCUUGAAAUAUAGCGCGUGAGUGAUGUUCUCGUGCAUCACCAGGGGUCGUGACCUUGAGGAAUGUUUUCUUUUUUUAUAAAAUACCAUUAAACAGUCAUAGCGAAAUUAAAAGAGCAGCCCAUCGAAAAUCGAAGGUGUUUGUUUUUUUGGGUUUUUUUGUAGGUAGGUUUUUUUUUCUUUUCUUUUUUUUUUUGCACUUUAAAAAUGGAAAAACAGGGAGGUGUGUUUAUUCAAGCCAUUGUCGACACAUCUAAUGCUUGAAUGCUCUUUAAAGAUGAAUCAGAAAUGAUGCAGGAAGCGAAUGCAGCGUUCCAGUGGGAUGAAAGGGGGAAUAGUGUCUUGUCUGACUCCUUGGGGUACGUCGAAGUCGAACCAAGCCAACUUCAUGGCAUUCCAGGUCUCAUCUCGCAGCCAUAACUUAACACCUAACGGCUUGAUACACACACACACAAACACACACACACAUCAUCGGACAUUUCAGAGGUUUUGUUCAGAAUGUUACUUGUUAUGAAAAAAAAUUUUGUACUGAUGCUAAAGACUAUUUUGAAGUUUGCUUUAAUACAGUCAACAGUGAUUGGACUGUACCACAAAGACACUAUUUCAAAUGAUGUCUAUGACAGUGGAAUGGUAUUUUAUAAUGGUUUGUUUUUAGAUGAUAAGCUUUUUACACUGCAUUCAAGUGUGUUUGCUAUUUUUUGUUCCUACCGAAAGUACUAACGUUAAUUCUAUCUUUGCUAUGUUUGAGAGCCCUUGAAGGUUUUGUACUUCUCAAAACUUUUGUAAUUCUGAUUUAUUUGUAGCUACUUACUCAAAAUGAACAAAAAUAAAA